AUGGAUGCCUUCGAGAGUUAUUUCCGAGCGGCGGACACGAAUGGCGACGGAGUCAUUAGCGGGGCGGAGGCUGUGUGGCAGUACUCGGACGUGCGUCAGGCUGGCUCGCUCACGCGCCCCGAGUUCUUCAACGCGCUGCGCCUUGUCACUGUAGCGCAGUCGGGCCGCGACCUCACCCCCGACCUCGUGCGCGCCGCGCUCAACGGCCCUGCCGCCUCGCAGAUCCCUCCUCCUCGCAUCGCGGGAGCUCCUUCUCCUGCCACUGCUCCAUCCCCCGCCACUGCUGCUCCUGUGGGUGGUGCUUCUGCCCUCCCUGCUGCUCGAGGCCCUGUUCCUGCUCCGUCUGGUGUUGCCGCUGCUGCAGCACCUGUUGCUGCCGCUGCUCCUGCUGUUGCUGCACCAUCUGCUGCAGGAGCAGCAGCAGCACCCCAGCUACCCCGACGCCCGUCGCCUACUCCCACUCGUCCCGGGAUGGGACCAGGCGCCGUUUCUGCCCCACAGCCUCUCUCCUCCUUCCCUUCUGGCCUCAGCGUAGGCUCCUCCAGCGCAGGACUAGGCUCGGGAGGAUUGACAGCCGCAGCAGCAGCAGCGGGAUUGAAGCCGAAGCAGCCUGGCGCUCUGUCAGACGUUUUCGCUGAGUUUGGUUCGUUUGAUGUUAAGUCCAAGUCCGUGCAGCCUACUAGUGCGCUUGUGAGGCGGGAGGUACCGGAGUCGUUGCAGCAGAAGCAGCAGCAAGCGCAGAUGGGGACGAUUCAGCUGCAGCAGCAGAUGGCUGCUAAGCAGCAACAGGAUCAGUUGCAGCAACAGCAGCAGCAGUUGCAGCAGCAACAACAACAGCAGUUGCAGCAGCAGCAGCAGCAGCAGCAGCAACAGCAGCUACAGCAACAACAGGCGUUCCCACCACCACAGCAGCAGUCGGCAGGGGAGGGGAUGCCAUCCCAAGGACCUGCACCUGCUGCCGCCGCGUCCGCCCCUGCUGCCCCUUCUGCACCUACCACUGCCGGCCUCUCUGCUGCCGACCAAAGCAUGUCCUCUAUUGCGCAGCCUCCUCCCGCCCCUGCUCCGGCUGCUGCUCCUGCUGCGCCUGCUGCUUCUGAACCCACAGCAGCAAGUUCAGGAGCUGCAGAUCCUGGUAUGCAGGCAGCAGCAGCAGUCCAGGAUGCAGACAAGAAAGGAGCAGGUGGAGUGAGCACAGGCGCACCAGGAGCAGCAGCAACGGCAGAGGGAGCAGGAGGAAAGGUGAAACGGACAGCGGACGACAUUGCAAAGGCGUCCCUGAAUGCUUUCCUUAUAGGAGGUGUUUCUAACGCCAUGGUGCCCAAGCAACCCCCAGGCACAGCCCCAGCCCCAGCAGCAGUAGGAGGAGCGGCAGGAACAGGGCAGUUCGUUCCAAGCCAAGCCAUCGUGCCUGCGGCUGCUGCUCCUGGUGCUGUUGUCGCUGCUGGGAUGGCAGCAGCAACAGCAGGGGGAGCAGCGGCAGCAGCAGGGGGGGCAACAGGAGGGGGUUAUGUGAUGGUUCCAGGUGACCCUCAGCCAUGGCCCCGACUCACAGUCGCAGAGGUGCAGCGCUGUGCAAAGGUGUUCAGUGCGGUGGACACGGAUAGAGAUGGGAAGAUCACAGGAGAGCAGGCGAGGAAGCUGCUGAUGAGCUACAAGGUCCCUAUCGACGUGCUGAAGCGGGUGUGGGACAUGGCAGACCAGGACAAGGACGGCAUGCUCACCCUGCGAGAGCUCUGCACCGCUCUGUACCUCAUCAACCAUGUGAAGGCGGGCCGACAGCUGCCGCCCACCCUGCCCCAGGGCAUUCACUUGGAUGAGCAGGUGCCACCCCCCGCUGCUGCUUCUUCUGCCCCUGCUGCAGCUUCAGCCGCUGUGUCAGCCAGCGCAGCCGGCCCUACUGCUGCUGCUGCUGCUGCUGCUGGGCCGGGAGGGGAGGGAGGAGGGGGUGCAGCAGGUGGGGCUGGUGCACCAGCAGUUACUGCUUGGAGACACCAGCCAGUGAGUGGCACACCCGAGCAGCAGCAGCAGCAGCAACAGCGACCAACAGUAGUGCUGACGGGCGUGGGGCAGAUGCCAGUGCCAGCAGAAGCAGGAGACGUGGAUGCAUCCCGGCCCGUGUACCGCUCCCAGGCGCCCGACCUGGAGGCGGAGAAGGUGGCUCAGCUGGAUGCGGAGGAAAGGGAGAAGCUUGAGAGCAAGCACAAGGAGGUGGAGGAGAUCGGUAAGAAGGUGUGGGAGACGGAGCUACAGAUAGCGGACUACAGGCGCAAGAUUGACUUCUAUCGUGUCAAGAUGCAGGAGAUCAUCAUGUUCAAGAGCCGCUGUGACAACCGCUUGAACGAUGUCACGGAGCAAGUCGCAGCGGAGAAGAGACAUUACGACAUGCUGUGCAAGCGCUACGACGAGCGCUUCAAGGCGUCCAUGCCAGGUGUCAAGUCGCGAUUGGCCUACGAGGACAGCGUGCUCAAGGAAUUGCAGGAGCGCAAGGCGGCGCUGAUGGAGGUGGUGUCGCGAUUCCGUGCCACCACCACUGCUGACGCCUCGGACCUGCUGCAGGGCCGCGCGGACAAGCUGGGCAUGGACCUGGAGGACGCACGGAGGGCCAUGAACAGGCAGGCCAAGGACCUGGGGCUCAAAGUGCGCCCGCUGCUCGGCGCUGCCUCUGGGCCUGAUGCGUGGCGAGUGGCCCUACAGGAGAACAUGGCGGACUGUGAUGAUGACUGGGACGAGUUCAUGGACCAAGAAGGUGGCGCGUUUGUCAUAUGCCUACCUGCCCCCUCUCUCUUCUGCACUGCGUGCUCAUUUACCCUGCAUCCACUGCCCCCAUCUCUCUCACCCCCUCUCCAUUCUGCCUCCCCUGAACCCGCUUCUGGUGCUCGCCUCGCCUGGACGUACCAACACCUGCCUGUCUUCCCUCUCCAACCCUACAUCUCCCCGUCCCCCUUUCCCCUUUCCACAGGCUUCUCAGUGGUGCGCUCGCGCACAGACGACCUGCUGGGGGGAGAAGAUGAUGAGCCGGCGCCCCUCAUCCCGCUCAGCCCCAUCGACCCCUCCAACCCGCCCCCCGCCCCCUGCCCCCUGCCCGUUGCCCCUGCUGCUGCCCCCACCCCCCCCUUCACAGGCUUCUCAGUGGUGCGAUCGCGCACAGACGACCUGUUAGGGGGAGACGAUGACGAGCCGGCGCCUCUCAUCCCUCUCGGCCCCGUCACCCCCUCCGCCCCGUCCCUUGCCCCCGCUGCUGCCCCGGGUGCUGCUGCCGCUCCUGCUGCUACCCUUGCCCAUCGGCAUGGGACAACCGGUUUGGGUUCACAGCCUCAGGGGUGGACUCGCCCUCUGUCUCCCAGGUCAGCGCUCCUCCUCCCAUCAUGCCACUGCCACCGCUUCACCCCCCUCCUCUCUGCCCUGUUCUUGCCACCGCUUCACCCCCCUCCUCUCUGCCCUGUUCUUGCCACUGCUUCACCCCAUUUUUACGCCACCUUCUCUGUUACAAGUGCCAAACACACUGCGCACCGCUUCCCAAAGCUCUCCGCCUGUCCCUGCAUGCCGCAUCUCCCCAUCGUUUUCAUGUGCCUUUCAUCUUCUUAUUUCCUGCAUCCCAUCCCAUUCCCUUCCGCGCACCAAUCACAGUCCAUGGACUUCCAGCCCUCUGCCUUCGCCGCCCAGGACUUUGCCUCGGGAUUCGACCAUCAUUUCGACGCCACAGGCUCGGGCUUCCGAGCCUCCAGCCAGUAUGACUCCAACUUCCGAGCUUCGAGUGAGUUUGACUCGCAUGCGCAUCCAGAAGACUCAGCUUCUGAGCAGUCAGGGCUGGGGUUUGGCCGCCCAGACGAUUACGCUGAGGUGGCUUCGGGCGGCGCUGCAGGAUUUGAUUCUGCUGCGGGGUUUGAUUCUGCAUAUGGAAGUGGGCGGGGCAGCGGUGUGUCGGCGUCACGAUUUGAUGAGCAUGUGGGGGAGGAGGAUGCAUCGUCUGCAGACAACACUCCCAUGGCAGGCGCAGGGGGACACUUUUCUCAGCGCGGGUGGGGUGCAUUCUGA